UAUCCUAGGACUACCUUAUUGCAAGUGCAAACAUGUUCCCUCAGCAUCCAGACGAUAACUUUGAUACCGCAAAUACCAGCUCGUAAAAAUCACAAUGGCCUGUGGCCAAUGGUCAGUUUCUGGCUCCCAAAAGAAAUACAAUUGGUUGACCAAAAGCAAUGCGGGGUCCUGUUGGAAGGUACAAAAAAUGUCACCAUAGCAAUAAAGGCAGCCUGUCCAGAUGGCAAAGUUACAGAAGGUCUUAAAGCCAUAGUUCCACAGAUGAACAUCCACAGUAACGUUUGGAAUCCAAAAACUGGACUUCCAACUAUAUGGGUCACUGUCCUCAAGCCGAAGGGAGAUAACAUACAGACUUGUACAUCAGUUACAGAUCCUCAUAUCACUGCUCUUGGAACGAAUGGAUAUUUCCAUUUCAUGGGUCUCGGUGACUUUAUUCUUUACAAGAACGUGGAGAGAAAAUUUGAGGUUCAAACGCGGCAGUGGGCCUGUGACGGUAGGCCAUUUCCAAAGGGUGGACAUAAUGGAGCGGGAAGAAUUAGUUGCAACUGUGGUGCAGUCCUCAGGGAUCACAAUGACGUAAUUGAGUUCAGCUGUUGUAACGAUCUUAUGAUUCGGGACAAGAGAACGCCCAUUACAGUAAGAAUACGCAGCAAGAAAUGCUUAUCACCAGGGAUAUCCAUAAAGAGGGUUAUACCCGGAGUAAAUGGCAAAUAUGAGGUACUGUUUCCGUCGGGUGCAAAGGUAGUGAUAAGAAGAAAUUAUUGGGGACUUGAUGUUGUCAUCAAGACGCCGAGAGCAACUGACACAAAGCAAGAAGGAGGAUUGUGCAUGUACCCAGGACCUUACAACAAAUAUAUAACUGACGCAGGUUUCAAGGAAAGGCUAGAGGUCGGUAGAAGCUACUUUGACACGCUCCCUGUGGAUGUUCAAGAUAGUGACGUGACAUAUUCCUCAGCAUGUUUAUGCCUGAAAGAAGGAGAGGGAAACGGUGGACCGCCUUCCUGCAAAAGUGUCUUCAAAGCUGCUUUUCCUACACUUGUGAAAGAAGAUAAUAUGUCCACACUGAAGCCUCAAGCUUCACCUUCAAGCUUAUGUGACAGAAAUAAAAGAGAUAUCCAUUUCUCGGAUGAUAUCACUGAUGAAGAUAUACAAGUCUACAAGCGAACACUUCAUUUACAUCCACGGUUCAAGAGAUCAGUAGCCAACAAACAAGUUCCAAAGGAAAACGCUACACGUUAUUGUGCCACGAGAAUAUCCGAUACAGAGCUUGGAAAGCUUUGUGCAAAGGUCGGCGUCAAUGUACAGCAGCUAGUUAACACUUGUUCGGUAGAUGUUGAGCUCACGGGAGACUUCUCCUUUGCAAGUGGCAGUGUGUCAUUGUUAGUCGAACAGUGUGGAGUACUAGGGGCCAAAAAUCUAUCCAUACCAGUUAACGGAAGUGAUGAAAGAAAUCCUGCUGCUGAAGCAUUUGUUGAACAAGUAGCGGAGCUGCUGUGUCCAAAUGAUUGUACAUUCAAUGGAAAAUGUGUCAAUGGCUCAUGUGUUUGUUACAAAGACUACACAGCUUCUGACUGUUCGAUGUCCAUUUAUCAGAAACCUGAGAUUUACAGGUUGCAAGAGGAUGGUUUGUGCGACAGGCGUAAACGAUCAUGCAAGAAGGUGACUGUCUUUGGCGUCGAUUUCAGGAAUUCUACAAACCUGACCUGUCAUAUAAACGAAUUCAAGGUCCUAAAUAGCUCUUGGAAACCAUAUGGUACAGAGCUAAGUUUCCCUGGUGUGAUGACUGACUUGGUGCUUGUAGAAUGCUAUUUACCAGAGUCGCAGGUCACGCAAGGCUAUUUCUCAGAAACUAACGAAGGAACGGCUGCCUCGGGAUUGAUAAUAUCUGUGUCCAACGAUGGUGAACACAAAAGCCAAGAAAAUCUCACAUUCAUAUCAUAUGAUUCAGCUUGCAUGAGCUGCAAUAUUUCGUCCGGUUGUUUAUUUAAGGGAAAUUCUUGCAUAAUAAAUGGCUACUGCUUCGCUCCUAACGAGACCAACCCUUUAGACUGGUGUUACCAGUGCCUUCCUGAAAUAAGCACAUCCACUUGGACGAAGCGCCAAGUGAAUCUGCCACCCAAGUUUUCGUCAACCUCUGACUACUUCGUGGUAUCUGGAGAAACCCUUGAACUGCCCAUUGAUGUUGCAGACCCAGAAAAUAUGCCUGUUACCCCUUCACUAAUGCAAGGAAGCCCAACUGAGGCGUCAAUCGUCGACAAUGUUUUAACAUGGAAAGCCACCAAUGAGGCCUCGACUAAGUUUUUUCUCAAAGCAACAGACGCUUGUCAAGCCACAUCUUAUGCUAACAUCACCGUGUCCUUGGUUGUCUGCCAGUGUAAGAAUAACGGAACCUGUGUACCCCACCCAAACUAUCCGAGAGGAUCAGGGUUCUAUACUUGUAAUUGCUUACCAGGAUUUACUGGGGAUAAAUGUGAGACUAACAUUGACGAGUGCCGGUCCUUUCCAUGCUUUCGAGGUCGCUGUAUCGAUAGAGUGAAUACGUACGAAUGUGAUUGUGACCCUGGAUAUGUUGGUCGGGACUGUGACACCAAUUACGAUCACUGUAGUUCUUCUCCUUGCGUCAAUGGAAAUUGCACGGACUACGUGGGUACAUAUAGAUGUGCUUGCGAUCCUGGAUAUAGCGGGCUUAAUUGUACUAUUGACGUCGAUGAAUGUGAGUCAUCUCCCUGUGCAUUCGGAGCAUGCGUCGAUCACGUCGACAAAUACACUUGUGCAUGUGAUGAUGGCUAUACAGGAUACGACUGUGACGUCGAAAUCGACGAAUGCCUGUCGUCGCCCUGUAUCCGAGGUACAUGUGUGGACAACAUCAACAGCUUUACCUGUAUCUGCCCAACCGGAUUCAGUGGUGUAAGUUGUGAUGUGAACAUAAAUGAUUGCCUCACAACCCCUUGUGUAAAUGGGACCUGUAUUGACUUAGUGAAUAACUACACGUGUAACUGCUUCGCUGGCUUUACCGGUCCAAACUGCGAUAUUAAAAUAGAGAACUGUACCGAGGAUUCCUGUUACUCUAAUGUGACUUGCUUCAAAAAGAGUGACAGAAUUAGCUGUGGUCCAUGUCCCUUGGGGCUCACCGGAGAUGGAAAGAAUUGCAAAGACAUCAACUACUGUGUAAGUCACGAAUGCAGAAACAAUGGAUCAUGUGUAGAUGGCAUUAGCAAUUACACAUGUAACUGUCUGGAUGGAUUUGCUGGAGAUCGUUGUGAGAUUGACAUAGACAACUGCGUUAAUCACACGUGUGCUAAUGGUGGAUCAUGUGUAGAUGGCGUCAAUAACUACUCUUGCAGUUGUAGGGCCGGGUUUACUGGAGAUCGAUGUGGUAAUGAUAUCGAUGACUGUCAUAAUCAUACCUGCCAAAACGGUGCCUCCUGUGUUGAUGGUGUUAAUGACUACUUGUGUGCUUGCCUGGUAGGCUUCACUGGAUCUAAGUGUGAAACUGACAUCGAUGAUUGUGUUAAUCAUACAUGUACUAAUGGUGGAACAUGUGAAGAUGGUGUUAACUCUUACUCGUGUAAAUGUGUUGCGGGAUUCAGUGGAAACCAUUGUCAAAAUAACAUCGAUGAUUGUCGUAACCAUAGCUGCCAAAAUGGUGCAUCCUGUGUUGAUGGUGUCAACGAUUACUCGUGCGCAUGCGUGCAUGACUUCACUGGACAGAGUUGUGAAACAAAAAUCGAUGAUUGUGUCAACCAUACAUGUGUUAAUGGUGGAACAUGUGAAGAUGGUGUUAACUCUUACUCGUGUAAAUGUGUGGCUGGAUUCAAUGGAAACCGUUGUCAAAAUAGUGAGUUGUUGCUAUUUUACAUUCUUUUGAUCUAUUAUUUGUUUAGGCGUUUAAAUAUCUACGAAUUUCUUUUUCAGCAGAUCCAUAUUUAG